AUGGACAGUGAAAUCUCAGCUCUCACAGAAUGGGCUACUGCCGGCGGCGUGAUAUUAAAUGGCAUAGCUCCAAAGCGCAUGCCCGGGAGAGGCAUCGGUAUUAUUUGCACUCGUAAGAUCAGAGCCGGUGAAGAUGUGCUCAUGAUCCCAGAAACUUCCUUCAGAACACUAGGAAAUACGCCAGCAACUGUUCGAGAGAAGCUCAAAGAUGCCAGAGUCCACGCCAUUCUCGCCACCAACCUCGUUCUCGACAAAGCUCCGGAGCUGGACAUGUGGUCAGCUGUGUUGCCCACCAAGGAAGACUUUCAGAUGCUUAUGCCAUUUUGUUGGCCCCCAGAGCUCCAAGCACUGCUACCACAUUCUAGCAGCAAUGAGCUCGUUAAGCAGAAAGCAGCCUUCAACAGCGAUUGGGAGGUUGUGAAUGCAGCGUAUGCCGGAGAAAUCGCCAAAGACGACUUCUUAUACGCAUGGCUGUUGGUCAAUACCCGUACAUUCUACCAUGCUGAUCAGAGUACAAAGAGCAGGCCGAAGGAAGACCACAUGAUUCUCCAGCCCGUUGCAGAUUUGCUCAACCACGCCGCUCACGGUUGCAGCCUAUCUUUUGAAGGACACGAAUUCACCGUCACAACAGUACGUGACCAUGAAGCUGGAGAAGAAAUAUUCAUCAGUUACGGAUCGCACAGCAAUGACUUCUUGCUUGUCCAAUAUGGUUUCGUCUUGCCAUCGACAUCAAACCCAUGGGACGAGAUCUGUCUUGACCCAUACAUUAUCCCCCAGCUCAUUGCUGCGGGGCAAAAGGACCGUCUUGAAGAAGCUGGCUUUUGGGGACGGUAUAUGCUAGACUCUGAGACACCGUGCUAUCGAACAGAUGUUGCUCUGAGAAGCCUAUGCCUGACCCCUACUCAGUGGCAGGCUGUUCUUGAUGGAGAGCGUGACGAAGACGAAGACAGAGAGGUGAUGAACAACGAGCUUCUCAAAGUUCUGGAGCGCGCAGCUGCUGAUGCAACUGCCAAACUCGAAACACUAUCAACUCUUGCUGCUGGGGAAGAGGCAAUGAGACUCAGCCUGAAGUCUAGAUGGCUUCAGAUGGGUGCCUUAUUGCGACGAACCAUCGCACGCUUGCAAUGA